UGUAAUUUUGACUGUAUUAAUUGAAAUAGAAAAAUCAUAAUUUCAAGGAUUUUUCUGUUUCAGACAAGAUGGAGAAAUCUCAACCUAUGAAGAAUGUACAAGAAUGCACAGACUUGAGUGAUUGUAUAGAGCUCUCUCGAACCUCAGGUCUCUACCUCAAACCCAUAGCACGUCUCAGUAUCACUGUUACACUGCCACAGCUCAAAUCUGGCCAGUCAAUCUCCAACUGGGAGGUAAUGGAAAAGUUGCGAGCAGCCAUUCUGCCAGAGUUGUUUUCAGUGAUCAAGGUGACAAAAAGCACAUUGGAAUUCCUGAGAUUUGAUGCUGAAAUUGAAAAUAAGAAGAACCUUACACAGGUUAUAAGUAAAAUUGAUCAAAAG